AUGAGACCUCCGCACCUCCGCCUCUCCGCCGCCUCUGGCACCCCGGCCCUGAUGAGGCUGCUGCUGCCAUUGCUGAUGGUGCAACUCUGGGCUGCGAAGGCGACUCUGCUUCCUAUAAACCACACCAGCACGGGCCCGGAGACUUUCAGCGCCCCGUGCGCAAGCGGCUCGCAGGCCUGGCAAGUCUCCCUCUUCAAAGGCCUCUCGUUCCACUGUGCGGGAGUCCUGGUGGACAAGAGCUGGGUGCUCACAGCCGCGCACUGCCAGAACAACAAGCCACUGUGGGCUCGGAUUGGGGAUGACCACCUGCUGCUCCUCCAGGGCGAGCAGUUCCGCCGGACCACUCUCUCCAUCAUCCACCCCAAGUACCAGACAGGUUCAGGCCCCAUCCUUCCAAGGCGCACAGAUGAACAUGACCUCAUGUUGCUGAAGCUGGCCUGGCCUGCUGUGCCGGGGCCCCGAAUCCAGACCUUGCGCCUGCCCAACCAUUGUGCUCAGCCCGGAGACCAGUGUCAGGCUGCUGGCUGGGGUACCUCAACCAGCCGAAGAGUGAAGUACAACAAGGGCCUGAGCUGCUCCACAGUCAGUGUCCUGAGCCGUAAGGAAUGUGAGGUCUUCUACCCUGGCGUGGUCACCAACAACAUGAUGUGUGCUGGACUGCACAAGGGCAAAGACCCUUGCCAGAGUGACUCAGGUGGCCCCCUGGUUUGUGAUAAGACCCUGCAGGGCAUCCUUUCAUGGGGCGUUUACCCCUGUGGCUCCGCCCAGCAUCCGGCCGUCUACACCCAGAUCUGCAAAUACGUCCCCUGGAUAGAGAAAACUAUGCGUUCCAACUGA